UAUAUAUUGAUUAUGUUCAAUCUGAGCAAUUUAUAUUCAAAUUUGGUUCAUAUUAGUACUAUUGGUAGUCUUGUCUAUUUGAUUUUAUAUUGGUAGCCUUGUUUGGGCAUAAUAUGGCGCAGGUCACGUAACGUAAAUCAUCUCUUAAGGUUAUGUUGACUACAAAAGCAUAUUAUAUUUUCCUGGAAACAUCAGUGUUUGUGAUCGAAGAUACGAAUGAAUUAUUACGAAAUACUCGGCUGCAGCAAGGACUCCACUGACGAAGAGAUCAAGCGUGCUUAUCGGCGUCGUUUGCUGCAGUUUCAUCCUGAUAAAAGCGGCGCUACUGACAGCCACGAGUUUCACAAUGUUACCGAAGCCUGGCAGGUAUUGGGACAUCCACAGUCGAGAAAGCGAUAUGAUGCAGCCUGCAAACAAGAAGAAUUGGAAGACAGGGAAGAAUUAGAAGAUAGUCCGGUGUAUGCACGUCUCUCGCCGAGCGAUUUUGAGGAGUCUGUGUUCGAGGACAAGUUGUUUUAUCGCUGCAGAUGCGGCGACCGUUACUUCGUCGAACGAGAUGAUCUUCGAGAAAAGAACGCUUUACUUCACGUAAUGUGCGACGGUUGUACGCUUAUUAUUGUUGUUGAAACGUAACGUAAGUCAAUGUAAAAUUUAUGUAGAAAAAUCUGGCGUUAUAUUAUGACACAUCUAUAGACAUUUUUUGAAAAUUUGUAUGUCCUAUAAAACGAUUGAAUAAGUUAAAUUGAGCGAAUAUCCAUGUCUAGCAAAUAAGAUGAUGGAUUAAAAGGUAUUUUUUAUAUUUGUCUUCGUAUAGUAUAAGAUAAUGUCCACAGGUAUGUAGAAAGAAGUCAAAAUCGAACAUUUAUUUUGUACAAAAUAUGUUUCUUAGCACAAGAACAUGUGUACAGCUGUAAUAAAUUUAAAAAAAAAAACAA